AUGGAGUGUGCAAGAGUGGAUGCUACUUUGCUGAAUGCCUACCAGGGCAAGACGGUGCGGAUUAUAGGGAAAGUGGUGGAAGUCCGGUCCAGUUCGCAGGGUGUUCUGUUUGCAGAGGGACCUAUACAGUUUGAGGUGAGUUCAGGCGAUUCCACCCUUCCUCCCAUUUUGCAAGACCAUUACUAUGAAGCCGUUGGUCAGGUGGGCAGCUCGAAUGAUUUGAGAAUCUUCACCCUCGUGGAUUUUGGUGAGGACUUGAGCGAGAAAGCUUUAGGCGUGUUGGUCAAACAAUCACAGAACCUUCCUGAGCUGUUUGGAGGCUUCGAUUGA